CAUGGACGCGCUGAGGAUGCUGGAUUUGGUGGUCCCUCAGUACGUGGUCCGCGGGCAAAACAUCACGCUGGAAUGCAACUUCAACCUGGACGGCGAGUCACUGUACUCGGUGCAGUGGUACAAAGACGGGAACGAGUUCUACCGAUACGUGCCCCAGGACAAGCCGCCGGUGCUCGUCUUUCAGCUGCCUGGUGUCACGGCGAACAUUCACAAUUCCACGGAGAGAUCGGUCGUCCUCUAUUCCGUGAAUCUGAUGAGCACCGGAAGAUACAGAUGCGAGGUGUCGGCCGAGGCGCCAUCUUUCCCGACGGUGUCCGAACACUCAGAUAUGGUGGUUGUCGCCCUACCGAAGGUCGGUCCCGUUAUCACCGGAAAGCAGGGCAGGCAUCAUUAUCAACUCGGUGACGUGGUGCGGUUCAAUUGCACUUCGGAGAAGUCGAAACCAGCCGCCAUGCUCAGUUGGUUCAUCAACGGGGAGCCAGUCGACACGCAGUAUCUGAAGGGGCCCCACAUCGUAGAGGUGGAUCGCGAAGGUUUGGAGACAGCGGUGCUUGGCCUGGAGUUCUGUCUGCAUAAGAAGAAGCACUUCAAGAGGGGAGACUUGAAGAUCAAAUGUCUGGCGACGGUGGCGACCGUGUAUUGGAAAUCGAAUGAGCUCAGCAUAGAGGUUGAAAAGCCCCUCAAGAUGUCGGUAAUGGAGAGCAGGGAGACAAGGGCGCAAGGGCACACGCACGCGGAACAUAUCUUGGGAGGAAGUGGAAGCAGCACGCUAGCACCAUGCAUCCUGACGAUGAUCGCCAGCCUAUUCGUGCUACGAUAAGAAGAGGAUGCCCGGUGUUCGUCGUUUGUGCUCACCCCCCACCCUCUUCAACCUCCACACCCCCAUUUAGGCCUCCGAUGGAAGCUGUGCGAAGAUCACUGUGUACUAAAUUAACCGUGUUGUUUCUAUUUUUUAUAAAGAUGCAGUUAGUGGAGUUAGCAGGACAUAAAUCAGAUUCAUACCGGGUGUCCUGAAAAAAAGAACCACCAGAAACACGGUUGUCAAUACCUUCAGAAUCGAAAGAAUUCUUCAUUUAUAUUUCACCCUUUGAGGUCCAUUGAUUUUAUUAGAGUGCCAGUAGGUCCAAGUGAAUUUAACGAAAUAAGUCAAUUUGAAUUGAUGAACAAAAAAAUACAAUUGUAAUGAAUUCAUGUAUUUGCUAAUGAAAACAAAUUAUAAUUUAAAAUUGGUUAACAUAUGGUCUUUUGAAACAAUUUCCUAUGUGAAUUGCAAUUGCAUGAACUGUUAUAAGUAUGUCAAUGGAAUAUGUCCAGUGGUACUUGACAGUGGACCUGUUCAACAAAAAUAUGAUGUCCAGUGAUACAGUGGACCGCAAAGGGUUAAACGAGCAAUACACGUGUUUCAAGGUGGUCGUAUGUUUCUUUUUUUUGGACACCCCGUAUGUAUAUACUUAGCCGAGUACACACGUAAUUGGAGCGUUAGAAAUGAGGGGUUACGUACAAUUGUCGGACCACGAGUCUGUGUACACCUACUGUUGUUCCUUACAGAGAAUUUUUAUAGAGGUAGAGAGAACCUUUAAUAGAGAUUCAACGAAUUCUUCGUUCGGAUUUUCAUCUAGAAGAGGGAGGAAAAAAAAAUGUGUGGAAUUCUAUUCGAUUUUUACGCUCGCGGAUUUUUGUAGAGAUUCACGGUCUCUCGUGCCGAUGAUUGUUUAAUUAUCUUCAACUCGCGGACGUUCCUUUGAAUCGAGACAGUUUUUCCUUUUCGUUCUCCAGGUGUUUGUCAAGUCAAUUUUUGAUGAGUGUGUUUAGCGCACAGAUUUCUG